AUGGAGCCGGCGGCGAGGCCGCGGGCGUUGGAGGAGCUAGCGGGUGUGGUGGAGGCGGCGGUGGAGGCGGCGGAGGGGGUGGGGGUGGCGGUGGGGGUGGUGGCGGGGGUGGAGGUGUCGGUGGCGGCAGUGGAGGCGGAGGCGGCGGCGGUGGCGGUGGGAGCGGAGGUGGCGGGGGUGGCGGCGGUGGAGGAGGCGGUGGCGGAGGAGGUGGAGCUGGUCGGGGUGGCGCUGCGCCGAGGCGCUGCUUUGGCCGCCUGA